AUGAAGCUGGUAGAUGUAGAGAAUCAGAUCCAAGCUGAGGCCGUAGAUGGACAGACCUGCGUGCAACAAGUGGUUCAUAAACAGGUGGUCAUCCAGUCGUCUCGGGUCAGGAACGCCAGCACACAGGUGCAAGCGACCGUGGGCACGCAAACAGAUCUCGAGGUUGAAGCCUGCCUUGAUGCUGAGGACGACAUUGACGAUAUCAUUGCCGGGUUGGAUUUAGACGAAGUCGAGGCAGCCGAAUCGUCCAUGCCAGUUGCCGUGCCGCGAGCCGUGGAAGAGGCUGCGUCGACGGCCUUGCAGCAAGAGCCAAGUCAGCACAAUGACCAAACGCAGCAAGAAGAGUAUGAGGAUCAGCUUUGGCUGGCUCAAUGUGUGCGGCAAGCGUGGAAGACAACAUUUCGCGACUGGGAUCAGUAUCGAUUGGCACAGGCUGUGACUCGGCACGAGGCCCAGGACGGCUGGCUGUUGGCCGUGGCCCCGACUGGCAUGGGCAAGACGCGGUGUACACUCGCUCACCUCCAGCCACGCAAGGUCGUGGUGUGGAUAGUCCCGCUUCGUGAGCUUGCCAGAGACUGGUGCCGCCGCUUCGAGCAGGCUGACAUUGUAUCGCAGUGGGCUAAGAAUGAUGGCCGUGACAUGCAAGUCAACGUUCAAGUGAUUGUCAUGACGGUCGACUUUUUGGUUGGCUAUGGGAUGAGGUGGGUGCAAACUCUCGUGCAGCAGAAGCGUCUGGCCAUGCUGGCCUUUGGCCGGGCUGGCCGCGACCGACGGGGUGGCGAGGCCACGCUAUGGAUACCACCAGGCACAGCGAUUUCGGAAGAUCUGCAGCCAUUUGCAAGCAUGAAGCGCUGCCUCACCUUUGAGCUUGGUUGGCUGCUGGAUGGUGAGGGCCACAUUUGUGCGGCCGCAGGAGCGCCGGCUUGCACCGUCUGCUCCAUGAUGCAACCGACCAUCACUGCGCGCCAUCCAAGCCGUGAAGCACAUGGGGCGCCAGUAUCACACGAGGGCCAGACCCGGGCCAAACAAGCGCAGUUGAUGGUACCAUCGGCGCCAAUUCAGUCAGACGACUUUAACACGGCUCUGCUAUGGAUGAGCACCUACUGCUGGGCCUGCAGCUGCAGCAGAGACCGCUUGGUUGCUCACCACCAGCCUUCUAGCUGCCCGGCCAUGAAAGGGCGCUGUUUUCGAUGCCACUGUCGCGGUCAUGGUAGUAGCAAUUGCCAAGUGACCUUGGGGGCGGGUGUUUGCUACCGGUGUUGGAGGCCGCAGAAGAUUGGGGGUGAUCGAGUGGUGGAGUGCACGGGGCGGGCCUGUGCCCAGCGCAACCGCGAGGCCAUCCGGGCACUGGUCGCGUCUGUGUCACGCAGUCAAACUUUGCGCGGCAUCAUGCAGCGCAUGGAGUGCCCGGCCGAGCUGCUGGCAGUUGGAGGGCGGGACUUUGACCCUAAUACUAUGCAGAAAGGUAGCUCUGUCCAAUACCCGACUAUGCACCAUGUUCGGUGUAGUCAAGAAGACAUUGAUGCAGCCACGGCGCUCCUGCGCUCUGAGCAGCCCGAGGAGCCAACAGAGGAUGUUGCAACAGAGGCUGGGCCUCGAGCGCCUGUGGAAGGUAUCCCCAUUCUGGACGGCGUGAGUUGCCCCAUUUGUCAGGCAUGCUUCACGACGAAGAAUAGCCUGCACUUUCAUUUGCACAACAAACACGUUGGUGACCCCAAUAUCAAUCAGCCGCCUCGACGAGUCAAGCUGCAAAAGCCGCUGCGCGGUGCUGGAGCCCGCUGUGUCGAGAUCAUUGUGGAGGAAAGCCACGACGCCUCGGCAGCCGAUGUGAGCGAGAACGAAGAGGAGCUGGAGGAGCAGCAGCGGUUCAAGCAGUUUAUCUCAAGCACCCAGGCCAUGGCCUCGGAGGCUGAGGAUAAGCGAUGCCCGCACGGCGUUCACCAGAUGCAUCCGUUUUACGACAGCGUGGGCAUGACGCUGGUCAUCAACGAGCUGAAGCCAGAGCGCAUGGUCGGACUGGGCCACAACACCCCGUCGGCACUCCUUGAGUCGGGCAUGCACGAGCUGUUCUGGACGGCCUACGAGCAGCUCUCGGAUCAGGGCCUGGCCGCUGCUGCGGUGACGCGUCUGUUUGACGACAAUGAAGGGCAGUAUCAGCAUCGCCCCAUGCGGCAAGUACAGCCGCAAACCGUCAGCAGGUACCUGAGUCUUGGGACACGCCUGGUCCAAUUCUUGCUGCUGCUGGAGGCCAUGCCAGCCCCCGAUCCGUCUAGCUUUCUGGGCCAGGUGCUUGCCAGCCGUGGCCCUGCGGUAAUUGAUGCCACCGUGGCUCUGAGUGCGGGCCUGGACGCUGGAAUGACCAAGAAAGAGCUGGUCGAGCCCCUGACGUCCCUGUGGCUGGCCCUGGUGGAGGUGGAGCUGAGCCUCUUUGACAACGACAAGGUGCACUUUGUCAACGUCUUCCUAUUGUGCACGGCCGUGUCCAAAGGAAGCGGCAUCCUGCAAGACAUCAGGCAGUGGACCACGACGCCCGCUGGACUGCUGUACGUUUUCAAAUUGUUCCUGCUUCGCCGUCUGCCGCCACGAGCUUCUGUGUAUCAAGGGCUGUCCUACAAAAACGGCGUGGGCCGGCAACGAGCCGCGUUUUUUGCCGAGAAGCAGCUCUCCAUAUUGACCCGCGUGAGCAAGACCUACUGGCUGUCCCUGAACGAACAGCACACCUUUCGAUACAUGGACCAGGAAAUCAGCACGCUGAUAUUCAUGUAUUUGCUGCUGUGCAAGCCUCUGGAGCACAUGCUGAGCAGCUGGCUGCAAAAGCGGGGCGGGCUGGACACCCUCGACGACGAGAAUGGCAUUCACAAUGCCGAGCAGGACGACGAAGAUUUCCUCGACGACGAGCUGGAUGAAGACCACAUGAGCCACGACGAGACGAUGACUUUGCGACGUGAGGUCCGGGACGCUCGAAACCACUACAACAACAGCCACCUGCUCUUCAACAUCGCGCCCCUGCAGGCGAUGGUCAGCCCAGCCACAAUUUAUGCGGCAUUUCGUCGGCAGAUGACCACGUACCUGCAUCGGCCAAAGCUGGGGGUGGCCACAUGGCGACACGCCGCAACCUUCUGGAUGACGACGUUUGUCAUUAACCGACUGUCGGCCGAGACGACCGGCGCCCUGGGCAGCCUGAUCCACACUCAAGCUCAACACUCUGGGGACACGGCCCAGCGGGCCUAUGCACGCACAGCCAGUGACCAUGUGCAAACCAAAAUGUCGUCGCGACUGAUGCAUCAAGUGGCCUCGCAAAAAUGGCAUGCUUUGUUUGGACUAGAUCGCAAGCGCAGCAUAGCCGAGUUGACCGCGAACCAAGAAGCAUUGGAAGCUCGCUAUCCCAUCAGCUGGAACCCGGUGACUGACCUCUCGCCCGAGGCAAACAGGCGUAUCAUCAUGAACACGAGGGCCGAGCAUGACGUACCCUACAUGACCCAGCUGGCCAAGCAGGCGAGCAUCUCGUGGGGCCACAGUUUCAACAGCCAAGAACAGUUGGACCUGGCUGCGGCCAUUGACCAGCACCGGCCGGAAGAUGGAUGGCUAAUUGUUGUUGCACCGACAGGCAUGGGUAAAACAUUUUGUACCCUGCCCAAGCUGGGCUGUCGCCCGCAUGCCG